UUCCGCGAUUGUCCUGCUGUCGUAGCAGCAGUGUCAGCCGACUCUUGUUGUGCCGAUCAGACGGACCUCCCUCUUUCUGUCUAAUGGCUCCAGUAGGCUGUCCACCCACAGGAACACAAGCUACGAGGGCGGAGAUAUGUUUCAUUUCAGAAACUAGCCGCCACGCCAACUGACGUCUGAAUUCUCACGGCUUUGGGUUUAACUGCGACGACAGAACGCCUGUUCAGCCGACUCGAGGAGAAGCAGGAUGCCUGUGAAAGGCGGAGGAAGACUGGCUUCUUACCCCAGCAAGGGCGAAAAUGUCGGAAGCUCAGGGAUAGAAGAGAUGGUCUGGGAGCAGUACACAGUCACUCUGCAGCGGGACCAUAAGAUGGGUUUUGGUAUCGCUGUAUCAGGUGGGCGUGACAACCCUAACUUGGAGAAUGGUGAGACGUCAAUCAUCGUGUCAGAUGUGCUGCAAGGAGGACCAGCAGAAGGAUUACUCCUUGAGAAUGAUCGUGUCAUCCAGGUAAACUCAAUCCCCAUGGACAAUGUGCCUCAUUCCUUUGCGGUUCAGUCCCUCCGUAAAUGUGGAAAAGUGGCCAAAAUAACAGUGAAGAGACCUCGUAAGGUGGCGGUUCACUCCCUGAAGCAGCCCCCCUCCCCAAGCGGAGACAGUUGGGAAUACACCCCCUCCCCCCACUACUAUGACACUGACAAUGACAACGGCUGGUAUCGUGAUGAAGGUCGGGACCACACCUCUGAAAGCAAAGGAUACCUGGACCCCGAGUACAGGGGAGGACGGGACUACAACCAGAGAGGAACGAGCCGCGGGAGGAGCCAGGAGAGAACCUCGCCCAGCCCGGACAGAUCCAGGAGGGAGGGCAGCCAUGAACCAGCCCUGGUCACCAGCACCGACAGUAAGAGGUACCAUAGCCAAGGACACAGCCCUGGGGUCAGCUACUGCAUGGAGGACAAGUACAAGCAAGGAGAAGGAGGAGGAGAUAAAGGAGAUCGGUAUAGGAGCAGGGACCAGCUUAAUGACAACCAUCCAUCCCCAGAACCUUCCAGAGAGCUGGAGCCACUGGAGAGACCUGUCAACGUCCUGCUGGUGAAGAACAGACCCAAUGAAGGGUCAACUAACAAUCUUCACCGCCACUUGAAAACACAGCAUCCAACCAUGCAAGUGGCCGAAGUGAGACGACAAUGUUCCAUUGAUGACCAAGAUAACGAUGGCUUCACUGGUUCUGCUGAAACCACUACCACAUCAGAGUAUGGUCUACGUCUGGGGAGUCAGAUCUUUAUCAAACAGAUGACCAGCACAGGCCUGGCUGCAAAGGAUGGAAACCUGCAAGAGGGAGACAUCAUUCUCAAGAUCAAUGGGACAGUGACAGAGAACCUUUCUCUGCAUGAUGCUGGGAAGCUGAUAGAGAAGUCCAGGGGGAAGCUGCAACUGGUGGUCCAGAGAGACCGCCGCCAGAUCCUCAUUCGCAUCCCCCCCCUUGCAGACUCUGACUCUGAUAAUGACGACAUAUCAGAGAUGGAAUCUUACCAUUCCUAUUCUCCCCCAGAGGAGAGGAGGUCCCGCCAGUCUGACCUGUCCUCCCACUCUUCUAAUGAAAGAGACAACCUCAGGGAAGAACCCAUGAGGACAGCCAAGAUGUCAGCCAUGGCCUCACCAUUCAGAGUACCUGAGGACCCCUAUGCCUCAACUGAUCUGGACAAAGACACACCACUCAUAGAGGAGCCUCGAGGUUAUCAACCCACCUCAGUCUACCAUGUUGCUAUAACAACCACACCCAAGAUUCUCCUCCGCCCAAGUCCAGAAGAUGAAAAAAUAUAUGGGCCAAACACAGUGAUGGUAAAUUUCCAAAAGGGAGACAGUGUUGGGCUGAGGCUGGCAGGAGGAAAUGAUGUCGGCAUCUUCAUUGCUGGUGUUCAAGACGGCAGUCCUGCUGAGGAAGAAGGCCUGCGCAUCGGAGACCAGAUCUUAAAGGUGAACAACAUUGAUUUUCAAGGUGUAGUGAGAGAGGAAGCAGUACUCUUCUUGUUGGAGAUUCCUAAAGGGGAAGUGGUCACUAUCCUGGCCCAGAGCAAACCUGACGUUUAUAAUGAUAUCUUGGUCUCUGGGCGUGGAGACUCCUUCUUCAUCCGGACCCACUUUGAGUAUGAGAAGGAGACUCCUCAGAGUUUGGCAUUCAGCCGAGGGGACAUCUUUAAGGUGGUGGAUACUCUGUAUGAUGGCAAGCUUGGCAACUGGUUGGCAAUCCGUGUUGGCAAAGACAAACAGCUGCUGGGGAAGGGCAUCAUCCCCAACAAGAGCAGAGCAGAGCAGAUGGCCAGUGUCCAGAGCUCUCAUAAAGCUGUUGUGGGUGAUCGAGCUGACUUCUGGCGGUUGCGAGGCCAGCGUUCUGUGAAGAGGAAGGACUUGAGGAAGAGCAGAGUAAACCUGAGCAGUCAGACCCUGGCCACCCGCUUUCCAGCAUAUGAACGAGUGGUGCUCCGUGAGGCUGGUUUCCGGCGUCCUGUGGUUCUGUUCGGCCCAAUCGCUGAUGCUGCUAAUGAGAGACUGGCCUCUGAGAUGCCUGAACUAUUUGUUAUUGCUAAAACCGAGCCAAAAGACGCCGGCUCUGAGAAGUCCUCAGGUGUGGUUCGUCUGAACACCAUCCGACAAAUCAUCGAGCAGGACAAGCACGCCCUGCUGGAUGUGACACCCAAGGCAGUGGACACUCUGAACUACACUCAAUGGUACCCCAUUGUCAUCUUCUUCACCCCAGACAGCAAGCAUGGUAUCAAGGCCAUGAGGCAGAGGAUCAUCCCCAGCUCCAACCGCAGCGCCAGCAAACUCUAUGAACAAGCCUUCAAACUGAGGAAGACCUGCUCUCACUUAUUCACUGCCACCAUUGAUCUGAACUCAGCCAACGACGCCUGGUAUGGCAGCGUCAAAGACUCCAUCAGAGCGCAGCAGAUGCAGGCUGUCUGGGUUUCUGAUGGCAAGCUGGAGGGAGUAGAGAAUGAUCUGGAAUGCCAGGAUGUGGAGCGUCUGUCCUUCCUGUCCGCCAUGUCUGCUGACUACCUCAGCAUGGACAGCCGGCUGACCUCCGACCUGGAUGAUACCGCCGACGAGGGGGGGACCUGCACUGACAAUGAGCCUGAUUUGGAGACAAUACACAUCUCUGCCAUCAGUCGCUCAUCUGAACCUGUCACUGCUGAAGAGAUCUUGCGCAGAUACAUUCCAGACAUCAGGAGUCGUAUGAGGAAAAUCAGCAGCCAGGAAGUCCUCAACAGUUCUAGCCUUCCAGCUGUCUCCUUACCAGACGGCAAGGUGAAACUGUCUCUGAGGGACGAUCUGGUCUUUGUAUCAGGCUCCAUCAAUCCACAUCAUCAUCCCUGCCAACACCACCCUCCACACCCAAGCUCCAGCCGAAGUUAUGACUCUCCAUCAAGCAGCAGCCCCGCCAGCAGCAACAACGACCUUCCACCAUCAAUCUCCCGUUCAGCUGUCUUGUCCAGCCCACCCCCCCCACCUCCAGCUUACCUCCUCAACUCCCUCUGCAAACUGCGGCCCCUGGAAGCACCCCAACCCUCUGCCAUGCCCAUGCCCAGCAACUGCGGGAGCUUGGCAGAGACUGCAGUCCACUCACCUAUGACUCUGCCCAGUGCGGCCAUGACAGCCUGUAGACAGCAGGAGGAGGCAGCAGAUGACAGCCCUGUGGAGGAUCCAUCUAUGAAGUCCUUCUUGGGGAAGAUCAAGGCCUUCGAGAAGAUGGAUCACUUCGCCCGAGCCCAAAGGAUGCUGGAAAUGCAGGAGGCACAGAAUGCCAGGUUGGAAAUUGCUCAGAAACACCCAGACAUCUAUGCUGUUCCUCUGAAGACAGCCAAGCUGGAUCACAGUCGCCCACAGCCUAUCGGAUCCAGCUCCCAUCUUGAACCCCAGACUACUUCGUCCUCCAAAGAGGGAUGUCCCUUCUACCCGACCAAAGAGGAGUCAGAGGAGGAGGCAGUACCAGGAUAUUACACCGCCAACUCCUACCAGUACCAAGACACCGAGCUGUAGGGUCAGUACACAGCAGCUGCGCCUACCCCGAGCUUCCUGGACAUACAUGUACACACGCACUGCAUAUGCAGUCUAUCUACACACUUACCAUUCCAUCAUGCCCUGCACAAGUCAGCUGCCGAUUUUGAACUGAUCGUUGCUUCUUUGAUAUUGAGGGAAAAAAACUUUCUUUUAUUUUCUUCAAGAAAGUUAAAGUAAUCUGUACUUUUCAUUUGGAUACAGACACACUGUCUUCACUUUACUGUUUAUGUUGUAUUUAAUUGUUUCUUUCUUACAGACCAUUUAUAAAUGGUCAAAACUGAGUGAUCAGGAACCACUUGUUUUCUAGCCUAUGCAACUCUUCAGUUAGUACAAAGAAACUGAAAGCUAUUGCCACGAGUUUUGCCCUCACAAAAACAUCAACACACCCAAAAACCCACAAUGCGCUUCAUCACAUCUAUCUCCUUAUUUUUUAAGUGAUCAACAAAGGUUAUGUAUAUAUUAUGUUAUGUGUAUACUAUUACAACAGCAUAUACAUAUAUAUG